AUGACUACCUCUGCCUUGCGCCGGCAGGUAAAAAACAUUGUGCACAAUUAUUCGGAGGCGGAGAUCAAGGUGCGUGAGGCGACUUCCAAUGACUCCUGGGGCCCACCCAGCUCCCUGAUGUCGGAGAUUGCAGAUCUGACCUUCAACACGGUGGCUUUCGCAGAGAUCAUGGGGAUGAUCUGGAGGCGGCUGAACGAUAGUGGCAAGAACUGGCGCCACGUGUACAAGGCACUGACCCUGCUGGACUACCUCAUCAAAACUGGAUCGGAGAAGGUGGCCCAUCAGUGCUGGGAGAACCUUUACACCAUUCAGACUCUGAAAGACUUCCAGUACACAGACCGCGAUGGCAAGGACCAAGGCAUAAACGUGCGGGAGAAAGUCAAGCAGCUCACGGGCCUGCUGAAGGAUGAGGAGAGGCUGAAGCAGGAAAGGGCUCAUGCCCUGAAAACCAAAGAGCGCAUGUCCACCGAGGGCACGGGCAUCAGCAGCAGCCAGCAACUCUCCUAUGGCAGGCGGACAUCGCAGUAUGGAGAAGACUAUGGCAGGCCGAGGGGGUCUCCAUCAUCCUUUAAUUCCUCUUCCUCGUCCCCUCAGCAAAGCUCAGACCUGGAACAGGCAAGACCCCAGACGACUGGAGAGGAGGAGCUGCAGUUACAGCUUGCACUAGCCAUGAGUCGAGAGGAGGCUGAGAAGCAGCCGCUUCCUCCAGCCACCAGCACAGAUGAAGAAUUGCAAUUGCAGAUAGCGCUCCGCCUGAGCAAAAAGGAGCAUGAGAAGGAAGUGAGGGCAUGCCAAGGAGAGAACUCACUGCUACAGAGGGCACUGGAAGAGACCCACAUGGGUAUCGAGGAGGAGGAAGAAGAGGAUAAGAUGAAGAAAAGUCAGUCCUCUAUUGUGGAGCUGGCAGACAUUUUUGGACCAGCGCCAGUAACUUCAACCCAUGUUUCAGCUGAUCCGUGGGAUAUUCCAGGUCUAAAGUCCAAUGUGGAACCAGCAGGAGCCUCUUGGGUCCCCUCUGCAGACCCCUGGGCUCCAAUCCCUGCUGCUUCCGGGGAUCCUCUAAACCAGAUGGCAGCAUCGAUCAACCAGACCUCCACAGGGCCUUGGGAUCUUCCUCCCGUAGUCUCCUCCUCUGACCCUUGGGAGAAGACCCCCCUCUCUUCAAGUCUGUCAUCAGCAGAUGCCUGGGUAAAGGCAUCCCCACCUUCUAAAGCUUCCGCUCAUGCUACUUCAGCUGCUGAUCCUUGGGGAGGUGUCGUUGACAAUCCUCCCAGGGCAGGUGAUGUCACUUUUGACUUGUUUGCGAAACCGCCACAGCCGACAGAACAGCUGGAACAUGAGAGCUCACAGGCCCCAUCCUCUGUCAAGCCUAACAGUCCAGUUGAUUUGGACCUGUUUGGCGACCUGAUUCCCAGCACCAAGCAGAAUGGAGUUAAGAACACAGACGUUUUUGAUCUUGCGGGCUUAGGAGACUCUCUUACUGACUCCGACAAAGAGAGGAAAGAUUGUAAAACUCCAGAGUCCUUUCUUGGCCCAACUGCCUCCUCCCUGGUGAAUUUGGACAACUUGGUGGUUGCCCCCGCAACCCUGAAGACUCAUAAUCCAUUUUUGUCAGGUCUCAGUGCGCCUUCUCCCACAAACCCAUUCAGCACCAGUGACCAGAUCAAACCAACACUCAAUCAGAUGAGGACCAGCUCCCCAGUGCCAGGCGUGGCCAUGGGGAUGACCAUGAACUCCAUGACCUACAGUGCUUCACUCCCUCUUCCACUCAGCAGCGUCCCAGUGACCCUCCCCGUCUCCAUGAGUGCCUUCCCGCAGGCCGGAGCAGGGCCGUUUCCACAGCUACCCAGCAACCUGCCUCAGCCUUUGUUGCCACUGGCUGGCUCUGCACUUCCCCCCACCUCACAGGGGGUGAUGAACCCUUUCCUCUGAAGUCUCUGGAUCUGUGUUACGUGUAGUCUCUCUUGUCCCGCCCCCAGCUAUUAUGGAAAUCUUUGCGUGUUCUCAUGCAAAGGCCUUGUGGGCACAAGUUCAUUAGUUGUGAUGGAGGAAACCAUUCACCCGAAACUCCUAACCCAACACCUGCCCAGGUCCCAGAGACACAGUUAGCAUGAAUCUCCUUGCUUGAAGUGCUAUAGAAGUACCUGCUCCAGCAUGGUGGGUAAAGGACGGCUAGAUCUGCCUCUGACGGCAAUAAGGACACUCCUGUCAUCAGCUGGCAUUCCCAUGCUCUGCAGAGUAGAUGGAGGGUCCCUAAGAAAGGGCUUUAAUUAUUUAGGGCCCUCUACUCUCCAGCACCGGAUGCUGGUACAUAGAGAGCCCAGUAUGAAGCAUCUUAACAGACAUUUUCAAGUCGCCAUA